CUGUUUGUAUUGUCCUGACGCAGUUUCCGGUUGCACACGGAAGUUGUCCCCGGUUUGCUGUGUAAUAGCUGCUGGUUCUUGCUGUUCCUCCGUGUCGCUAAAUUGUUGCUUUUGUCACCAUGCCGGACUACCUGGGAACCGACCAGCGCAAGACAAAGGAGGAGGAGAAAGAGGAUCAACCUAUACGAGCUCUGGAUGAAGGGGAUAUUGCCCUGCUGAAGACCUAUGGACAAAGCACAUACUCCCGGCAAAUUAAACAAGUGGAAGAUGACAUCCAGCAACUACUUAAGAAAAUAAAUGAGCUCACAGGUAUUAAGGAGUCUGACACUGGACUUGCCCCUCCAGCCUUGUGGGAUUUGGCUGCAGAUAAACAAACCCUUCAGAGUGAGCAACCACUGCAAGUGGCAAGAUGUACAAAGAUAAUAAAUGCUGACUCAGAGGACCCCAAAUAUAUCAUUAAUGUCAAACAGUUUGCAAAGUUUGUGGUAGACCUGAGCGACCAGGUGGCUCCCACAGACAUAGAGGAAGGAAUGAGAGUUGGUGUGGACAGAAAUAAGUACCAGAUCCAUAUACCACUGCCUCCAAAAAUUGAUCCCACGGUGACUAUGAUGCAGGUGGAAGAAAAACCUGAUGUUACAUAUAGUGAUGUUGGAGGCUGCAAAGAACAAAUAGAAAAAUUAAGGGAAGUUGUUGAAACUCCGUUGCUUCAUCCAGAGCGAUUUGUUAAUCUGGGUAUUGAACCCCCUAAAGGAGUCCUUCUCUUUGGACCUCCUGGAACAGGAAAAACACUUUGUGCUCGUGCUGUUGCUAACAGAACUGAUGCCUGCUUCAUCCGAGUUAUCGGUUCUGAACUGGUUCAGAAAUACGUUGGAGAAGGUGCACGAAUGGUUCGUGAAUUGUUUGAAAUGGCCAGAACAAAGAAAGCCUGUCUUAUUUUCUUUGAUGAAAUUGAUGCUAUUGGUGGUGCUCGCUUUGAUGAUGGAGCAGGGGGUGAUAAUGAAGUCCAGAGAACUAUGCUGGAACUCAUCAAUCAGCUGGAUGGAUUUGAUCCUAGAGGAAAUAUUAAAGUAUUGAUGGCCACAAACAGACCAGAUACCUUAGACCCUGCCCUCAUGAGGCCUGGAAGGUUGGACAGAAAGAUUGAAUUCAGUUUACCUGAUCUUGAGGGGCGUACACACAUAUUUAAAAUUCAUGCCCGGUCAAUGAGUGUAGAACGAGAUAUUAGAUUUGAGCUGCUGGCACGUCUAUGUCCAAACAGCACAGGUGCUGAAAUCCGCAGUGUGUGCACUGAGGCAGGAAUGUUUGCGAUCAGAGCGCGUCGCAAAGUGGCAACAGAGAAAGACUUCUUGGAGGCUGUAAACAAGGUUAUCAAAUCAUACGCUAAAUUCAGUGCCACACCCAGAUACAUGACAUACAAUUAAAUCUUGUGACAAUGUGUUGGUAGACGACGCUUUGAUCUAGUUAAAUCUGCAAAUAUUCCCUUUAGCCAUAUUAAUAUGGGGUAUUACUCUGUUUGAAAAAAAUAAUCUGAAAUCGUUUUCAUGUUGUCAACUUAUACUGCAGAUAUUUUUGACUUUUCACCAAUAAAGAAAAACCAAAACAAAA